AUGGCGUCUGCUUCUGGUGUUUUGAUUGACCAAGACUGCAUCACCGCAGCCAAUGAUCUUCGAUUUGCAAAGGGAUCGAGUAAGGUCAAGUUCGUCAUCUUCAAGAUCACCGACGAUGAGCAGCGUGUUGUCGUUGAAGAGACGUCUCCUAAUACUGAGGAUGAGACUUUCCGCCAGAAGCUCCUUUCAGCAAUUGACAAGUCUGGAAAAUCGGCUCCGCGCUAUGCACUCUACGAUGUUGAUUACGACCUCGGGGAAGAUGGGAAAAGGACCAAGACGAUCUUUAUAUCUUGGGUUCCACAGGCCUCGCCUAUCAAGCUUCGCAUGCUCUACGCUAGUACGAUGGAAUAUUUAAAGAAGGCAGUGAAUAUGAGUGUUUUUAUCCAUGCUGAUGAUCAGGAGGACAUUGAGUGGGAGGAAUUGGUCAAGACUGCAAGUGGUGGCAAAGCCAAGUAUGGCGCUGCAGCAUUCAGGCCUCCAAGGGCUGAUCUGGAUCUUGAUCUUGAUCUUCUGAUUGCGCUAGCAGCCAAAACGUGGCCAAUGGCCGGUGCUAGUGCUGCACGAUGCCAUAAAAUGACGUUAUCGCCAACAAAACGUCAACGCCUUUCAUCUCGUCACAACAGGAUUGGAUUGGCUCCUUUGUACCAUACACACUCGCCACGCGUACUGCACUUUGAUCAAGGUACCGAUAAUACCUUUCACGCAUUUCCCUAUGACCUCAAAAAGGCAGUCGCCAGAGAACUCCCAGAGGACAAGAUUGAAUCCAUCGUAUAUCCCAAGUAUGAAACUACUGGUGAAUUGGCUCAGGCCGCAGAGGGCUUUCUAGAGUGGCUCAAGGAGCAGGUGAUGACCAUCCGAAAGAAAAAAUCGGAAAAGCCAUGGCCUCCUCACGACAAAGAUGUAGGAGUUGUUCUCGUUGCUCACUCGAUGGGAGGCUUCGUUGCAGCAGAUACGCUGUUCCUAGCCAUCAACGACAGAGCUAACAAUGGAGACGAGAAUGAUCCCUUAUUUCCCCUCAUCCAAGGUAUUCUCACGUUCGACACGCCGUACAAUGGGCUGGCCCGCUCCAUGUUCGUCUAUGGCGCUUUCUCCAAUUAUCAAAAAGUCAACAGCGUCUUCAAUGUCAUGACAGCCAUCUCUGCAGCUGCACCUGCCAGUCUUGCAAGACUCAGCGCUCGACGUGCUGCAACAACUGCUGUCACCACUAGUACACGAGGACCUCAGUGGAAGACAUGGCAGCUCGUAGCUGUCAAAACUGGCACAGUAGGCGCCAUUGCAGCUGGCGGUGUAGCAGCCUACAUGAACCGAGAGGCCAUCAUUCAAGGGAUGAAGAGCAUGAAGAACAUAAACAAAGAGUCUGUGGUCGAAAGCUACCGUCAGGGAAUGGAUGCUCUCGGACAAGGUCUGGCUUAUAUCAACCGCGGAAAUGUCGGAAAGUCCUUUGCCUGGCUCUCAGACCAUGUCACCUUUGUCGGAGCACUCCUCCGACAAAAAGAGCUGAACCGUCGACUCGAACGCAUCGGUUCGCUCAAGGGCGUCGGGAUGCACGACUUUUACUGUUCUCUUGGUGAGAAUGGUUACUGGAGUGGAGGUUACUUUGUCCCUGAGCGAACAUUCUGUGCUGUUCCUGAGGAGAGCCACUCAGCUUACCCAAUCUUCGAAAGAUGCGUCAUGCCCAAAGCUGAAGAUGAGAUUGAAGCGCACCUCAACAUGUUCAGGCCUGAGAAACAUCGAGGCUACGAGGAAAUGACGGAUAAGUCUGCCGAGCUCAUCAAAGAGUGGUUUCAGAGCGAAGAGAAUGUUUUUGAUGACCCGAAAUUCCGCGAGACAUCUCCCGAAGAAACAGAAGAGACCGAGACUACCAAGGAGAUCCUUGAGAAGGAUCCUGGCCAAAUUGAAGGAGACGAAAAGGCUGAGGGCGCAAAUGACAAAGAUAGCGACAAUGACACGGGACUCCCAGACGAAUCGCCUCUGGACAUUGCCAACGCUGCCUCCCUCGUUCCCCUCCCCGAUGACAAGGGUGAAGGCAUCGUGGCUGAUGCAGAUAUCGAGGGCGCUGACACGGUUGAGAAGCGAACCUACCUCAACUAUCUGUUCGGCGUGGCGCAGCAAACCGGCGCCGAUGCCAAGGGUUGGCUGCCCAACAAGAUUCCGCAGAUGCCCAACCUUCCUAGCAUGCCCAACAUGCCAAGUAUGCCCAAGGUGCCUAGCUCCGUGUCAUCGCUGGGCAAUGUUUCCAUGCCCAGCGUAAGAAUCUGGGGAAAGAAGGAUGGUGAAGCUCAGGAAGAAGUUAAACCAACUCAAGGGAACGAGAACCAGGCUGUCGAGGAUAAAGGUGACCAGGGUAGUAAGGAUGGUGCCACAGAGGGAAACGCCGCUGUACCUCAAGAUGAGGGCAAAGACGGUCAACAGGAAAACAUUGGGGACAACACUGAGGCUAUUGCAAAAGCCAACGAGGACGCUGAAAAGAAAUCGGUUUAG